AAUUUAGAAACCUAAACCCCCUUGCAGUCUGCAGAGUUCCACUGUGUUUCCCUGUAUAUGAAGUGGUGAAAUCAUCAGAAAGGUGUGUACACAGUGUGUUUUAUAACCUCUCCGGCGUAAAGCGUACAGAUCUACAGUAUGGAGUGUACUCUCUGAAGAAAUCUUUCAAACAAACAAGAAACACGACACGAAUCACAAUUCACAAUAUUACUUAUAGAAAGACAUGCAAGAAACCUGUGGUCAAAUAUCCAAUAAGUGACUUGUUUGAAUUAAACCGUUAGCUGUAAACCAAAAUGAAGAACACUGUAAGUUUAAUAGUGAUGAUGUUAACUCUAAAAUUAUGUUCUGGAAGUGGGGUUUGGCCCCUCCCACCGAAGUAUGUUUGUCCAGAACGAACUUUACACCCUUGCAAGUGUCUAGCUGGCAGUGAUGAGGGAAUAGAUAUUGUUUGUGACAAUACUAAUCUUGCAAGUAUGGCGGUUGGACUUAGUCAAUUGAAUACAAAGCUGCUUAGCCUGACCAUAUCCAACUGUAAUGUGGAACGACUCUACGGCGAUGUUUUUAGGAACCUAGAUGUUCAAAAAAUAAUCAUUAAGGAUACUCCAUUGGUAGAGAUCUCAAAUGAUACAUUUCUCCAGGUUGGGUUAAAUAUAGUACACCUGGAGAUCCUUAACUCUAGAUUGGAGGUUUUCCCUGCUGGAGCGAUACAAUACCUUCCUGAACUUCAAGUUCUCAUUAUAGAUUCCAGUGAUUUAAGCUCUAUCCCUGCUAACUCCUUUCUGGGGCUUUCAAAACUAGAAACUAUUCAGCUUUCAAACUCAAGGAUUCAGACACCAGACAAAUCCAGCUUUGCAGGUCAGAGGGGUCUCAAGUUUCUUAGACUUUACAACAACAAUAUUACUGAUGUCGAAAAAGGAACAUAUGAUUUUGGAACAUCACUAGAACUACUUGAUCUAGCACAUAACAGAUUAUCCGUCUUGGAUCCGGCUUAUUUCACUCCACUACGGAAAUUGACUUGGCUUAAUUUGACCGACAACGGAAUAGAAACCUUCAACAGUAGGAUGUUCAGUAGAAACCAGUUGUUAGCUGUUCUUCACCUUGGUUCUAACAAUAUAACAAGAUUGGACUCUAGUAGUGUUAAAGGUAUGAGAUACCUUCGCCGGUUAUACCUGGAAGAUAAUCAAAUAGCUAGUAUUGGGAGACAAGCCUUUAAUAAUCUCAGGGUCAGCGGAAUAUACUUGUCUGGAAACCAGCUGACUGAAAUACCUUAUCAGAUAUUUGAUGGUCUUACAUAUGUGGACACUCUAGAUGUUUCUAGAAACCAAAUAAAAAAGGUCUCUACAAGUUCCUUUGGUGGUUUGUACCAGGCAAUUGUUAAUAUGUCCCACAACCAAAUAGGUGAACUUGUUGACGGAACAUUUACAGAGUGUAGAAAUUUUUCGCUAGAUUUGUCCUACAAUAACCUUACUAACAUUCAACAGGAAGCGUUUGAUGAAGUCAGCUACACUUUCCUUCUCAACAUUUCCCACAAUGCGCUUACCAAUAUGUCUCAGGUUCCAAUGAAGUAUCAGAGUGGUAUAACAGUUCUAGAUUUAUCAUAUAAUUUGAUUCAGGAGAUUCCUAGGAAUUCGUUUCCUAAACUGUAUGAGCUGCACACUAUAUCAUUCCGACACAAUCAGCUGACCGAUAUAUUCAGGGCUGUCUUCUCCCCGUUAUUCAGUAUUAGGUAUUUAGAUUUCAGCUACAACAAGUUAGAACAGAUUGAAUCCUCAACUUUCGGAAAGUUGCCAACUGUGCUAGAGCUGGACUUGUCCCAUAAUAAUCUUACAAGUAUAAAACGAGGAGGACUAUCAGGACUACAGAGUCUCCGAACACUUUACCUAGACUAUAAUCUACUUGAUGAAAUACCAAGUCCGCCGAUUUCUCUAAACCAUCUUCAUAUCUCCCACAACCAGAUAGUUGAUAUUAAAGGCAAACAGUCCUGGCCCGUCAUGAAUUCUUUGAUCUCUUUGAAUUUGGACAAUAAUCUUAUUGGAGAUAAUCUGGAGGGAGGAAAAUUUGACAAUCUCAAUAGUUUGCAGUACCUCAGUUUAAAAUACAAUAACAUCAGUAAACCACCUAAGGAGGCAUUGGCAUCUCUGAGAUCUCUGCGAGUUUUGAACAUGGACGGGAACGCGAUAGAAACUUUGGAGAAAGCUGCUUUUGGGAAAAUACCAGCUCUUGGAGUUUUGUCCCUGUCUGAGAACAAUCUGAAGAAUAUUUCUGUGCAAGCAUUUGAUGGUAUGUUACAGAUACAAAACCUUACUCUCAGAGAGAAUAAUCUUACCUACAUCUCCCCUGGAGCCUUUCUAGGACUUGUAUCUCUAGGAAUGCUGGAUUUAAGUCACAAUAAACUUGUAAAGUUAGAGAACAAGACUCAUGGACUUUUAGAAGAUUGUCUUAGUCUCAGAAAGAUAGAUCUAUCCUUCAACAAUAUUGCCUUCAUUACCCCUCUCAUGUUCCCGGAGAAGAAAUGGGUUCCAUAUAAAUUACAGGAAAUUGACUUGUCGUUCAACACAAUCCCUGUGCUUACUUCUGGUAUUCUUCACGGCACCAAGCAUCUCACAUUUCUCAAUUUAUCCAACAAUAUUAUUAAUGACAUCAGGGUAAAUGUGCUGGGUAACCUGAGUAGUCUGGAGGUUCUAGAUCUUUCCUAUAAUGAGCUUCAAGACGAGAAACUUCGAGCAGACAGGUGGGGAGGAAUAUUGAAGAAUCUAACUUAUCUAAGUUUAGCGUACAACAGUCUUUACAACAUUCCAGCAGCACAUCUAGCCCAGUUUGAGUCCUUGAAGACCUUGGAUGUGGAGGGAAAUGAUCUAAUUCAUUAUUUUCCUGUAUUUUCUGCUCCCAUAAAGGCAGGGUUGGAUGUCAGGUAUAGAGGAAACCUGCUCAGAUGCGAAUGUUCUUUAAGACCUUUAAUUCAAUGGAUUCGGAAAGGAAACCGAAAAACAAGUUGGGAUGAUGCAAUCUGUAGUUCUCCGGCCUAUCUAGCCGGGAAACCAGUAAGCAGUAUCAGAGAGGAACAGUUAGUCUGUGAUAACAUUUCAGAGGCUGAUGAUUAUGAGAUAACCCCUGAUGUCAAGUUCCGUAAUGUAGAUGAGAAACCGUCCUCCCUAGCUCUGAGCUGGUUUGUGAACACUAAUGAGGAUGUAGCAGAUUUCAGACUUGAGCUGACCAGCUUAAAGAAGAAUAAACGGACACUUCUGGUUAAAGAUAUUGGAUACAAUACAAGAUACGAUGUACUGGACCAAGUACCAUCUGGUGAAGAACUGCGAAUGUGCUUGUUGGUUAAAACGUCUCUUGGUAUGAUUAGAAGAUGGAGAAAGGAUCAACAAUGUCAGAUGUAG